AUGCCCUCAGCCCUGGUCGUGACAUUCGUGCAGGCGACCGUGCUAAACGCCAUCUCAAACAUCCUGGCACAGUUGAUCGACCAGCGCAACAACGAAGGACCAUUUACUUUGAACUCGAUUGCUUUCCUCCAGUUUGUGGGCUAUGGCAUCCUCAUCGUGCCUCCGAAUUUCUACUGGCAACGCGCCCUGGAAGCGCGUUACCCCGGAUUUCCCACGCGUGCUGAAUUCUCAAAUGCAUUCAGCGUCCAGUCCUUGAAAUCGAUUUUCUCGCCCCGUGCUUGUCUUUCCCUCUGUUCAAGGUCUAGUCCGGAUGAAGCUCUCCCCAGUCACAAAGACAAGGAGAAGCCCCCAGCAUCGACUCCUCAACCGCGAACUGGCCUGUAUAGCUUCAUGAUGAAGUUUUUCUUUGACCAGACUGCUACUUCGGUUGUAAAUCUUGUCCUAUUUGUGGUUAUUAUCAAUCUACUCAAGGGGGAAACUCUGGACCGCUCGUGGGGGUUGGUUGUUACGGACUUCCGGCCAAUUAUGAUUGCCCGGCUCAAGUAUCGGCCUCUUGUCUCGGUCUUGAUGUACACGGUCAUUCCCGUAGACCGUCGGGUUGUCUUUGGGAGUGCUUGUGGAGUGCUCUGGGGCGUGUACCUGAGUCUCUAUGCUGUGGUCUAG